UGUUAUCCUACGUGUCCAUCCCCGGCGUGUUAUCCUACGUGUCCAUCCCCGGCGUGUUAUCCUACGUGUCCAUCCCCGGCGUGUUAUCCUACGUGUCCAUCCCCGGCAUGUUAUCCUACGUGUCCAUCCCCGGCAUGUUAUCCUACGUGUCCAUCCCCGGCGUGUUCUCCUAUGUGUCCAUCCCCGGCACGUUCUCCUAUGUGUCCAUCCCCGGCACGUUCUCCUAUGUGUGUCCAUCCCCGGCAUGUUCUCCUAUGUGUCCAUCCCCGGCAUGUUAUCCUGUGUGUCCAUCCCCAGCAU